AACUCGUCAGUUUUUUUCCAGACAUCGAAGGAAGCGUGCGUGCGCUACGACAAGACGAGAUCCGCACGCGCUUCAACCGCUCGAGCAUAUAUUAGCCACACAAGAGCCUGUACACGGUGUGUGUUUUGUAGUAUCUACCUCUAGCUAGCCAACAGUCUAAACGUGCCGCGUGUUGCUGCUGCCGGUGUGCUGGUUUUCACCGGUGUACUGCAAGUCGGAAAACAACCAACGUUACGCAGGGAAUAUAGGAGAAGUUAAGAUCUUAAAAAAAAACAGAAAACUCGUGUCUGCAUUCAACCACGCGCCGAAAGAGGAAUAAAAAUACCACUACACCAGGCGGAUACGCUAAUCGAUCACUUGAUAGAGCAGAAAGAGUGUGUGUGUUUGUUUGUGUGGUGUUCUUCAUUGCAUUAAAAAACACGUGGUCGUCCGUCCGUGGUUUCGCAAGUAGCGAGAGUAUCCUCGGACGCGUUACUGUGCAUCGGGUUUCGAUGUGACAAAAGUGUCUGGCCAAGGUGUUUUCCCAGGAAGGCUGAAGAUCCGAAUUAGUAAUACUGGUGGUGACAAAGCGCAAAUCCUCCAACAGCAUCAAGCAUUUGGGGUGCCGAUUGUGUUGUGUUAUUGUGUGUGCUCCCUGUGUGCCGGUGAUCAUCGAGAUUGCUGCAAGGAGCGAUAGCGCAGUGAAUAUAAUUAUUGGAGAAGCCGCCGUAUGUCGAAAAGGCCGCAUACCGCGAAUCAGUAGCAGGUAAAAAUAAUAUACCUGCCCCGAAAAAUAUCCAUCCGUCUCAUCCGUCGUGAUACUCCCCUGUUCAGUGCAGUUGUUUUUAUCCGUUGUGUUUGAGUGUCGUUUUGUGGAGCGCCGCGCUAUUGUGUGUGUCCUCCUUCUUGCAUUCUCGCCCCACGUUGUGUUCGUUCGUUCGUCGUGUGUUGUGUUCGUUUGCUUGUGUGUGAAACGUUGUGUGCAUUGUCCUUCGGUGGUCAGAUCAGCAGCCACACACACACACACAUCUACUCCGCGUGACGACGACUACUACGCUGAAGUCCUGUGUGCGUGGAAAGGGAAAUAAUUUAACCGUUGGCGCAUUGGUAGCAUAGCAACAUAACGCGGAUACCAUAGCAACAGCCGCACGAUCGAAGUAUUUGUGGUUUGUGGUGAUCUCUGAAGCAUUUGCAAAGUGUUCUGUGAUCUGCAGCAGUUUGUCAGUGACAUCAGCUCACUGCUAGUUGUGUAGAGGCAUUUGCCAGGAGAAGAGUCACAGUGAGAUUAAAGCUGUUCCGCAAUAUCCGUUGUAUCCUGGUGCAUAACGAUAAGAGGGAGUAACAUCCGAGUCCUCUUGUUGUGUAGUUGAAACCUUUCCUCACCGUACACAACAUCAUCCCAACGUUCAGUGACAAUGUUAGAUGAGCGGCAAGCGUUCACGUAGCUUCAAGUGUGCAGUACAUCAUCGCGAUCGUGAGGUUUGUUCCGAGAACGAUUUUCAUCUGAUAUUUGAGGAUCCACCACUAUUUCGCAGAAUGGUGCACGUAAUUGCAAUGGAAGUGCUCCCCGAGGAGCGGGAUCGAAAAUAUUAUGCAGACAAUUAUUCAUGCUGUCCGCCUCCGUUAUUUGUGAUACUAGUUACAAUCGUCGAGCUCGGGUUCUUCAUCUAUCACUCAGUAACGCUAGGUCCAGCGGAUCCGGCGGGUCCGGUUCCGAUCGAUUCGAUGUUCAUUUACCGACCAGACAAACGACAGGAAGUGUGGCGAUUUCUGUUCUACAUGGUCCUACAUGCAGGAUGGUUUCAUUUAGGCUUCAAUCUAAUCAUACAACUCCUCGUUGGGCUACCAUUGGAGAUGGUACACGGAUCAGCAAGGAUAGGUUGUGUUUAUCUAGCGGGUGUACUGGCCGGUUCGUUAGGCACGAGCGUAUUCGACCCGGAAGUAUAUCUCGUAGGAGCGAGUGGGGGUGUGUAUGCCCUGCUCGCGGCCCACUUAGCCAACGUAAUGCUCAAUUACCGCAAUAUGCAGUAUGGCAUUCUACGGUUACUAGCGAUAUUUCUAUUUGCGUCCUGUGAUGUAGGUUUCGCCAUCUAUUCCCGGUAUUCGGUGGAACCGGCCAGUGGGGCACCCUCCGUAUCGUACGUGGCGCAUCUGACGGGAGCCCUAGCCGGGCUCACGAUCGGUCUGCUGGUGUUGAAAAACUUUGAACAAAAGCUGCACGAGCAGCUACUAUGGUGGGUGGCGCUUGGGGUGUACGCUGCCUGCACGAUCUUUGCCAUCGUGUUCAACCUGCUCAACACCGUCACCGUGCAGAGGCUCGAGGAAGAAAGUGAAGAGGUGUUCAAGCAGCAUCUGUUCACCAACUUCGGUUUCUAGAGUGUGACAUCCCCCGCUCGGAGGAUCCCUCCCCCCCUGCUCGAGAUAAGCGACCCAAGGAUCCCGUUCCUUCCAAUAUCCAGUGUCGUGAACGUGCGGAUUUCGGCACUGGGUGUACAGACCAGAUCCUGAGAGUGCGUUCAAAACGCCGCCUACCGUUCCCACCUGUGCUUCUCUCUAUCGCGUCGUAAAACGAGAAUAUUAUCCCGCGACAGACACACACUCUCCAGGAUUGUCGGAUGUUCUGGAUUAAAGAUAAACCCUCAGUCGCAAACAAUACCGCCCAUCGCGAAGCCGUUCGGGAGUGAGUAGUGCUGGUGAUGAUGGCUUUUUUUGGGUGUGAAUAAGUAUGAUUUGUAAUCUACAAACAAAAAAAAACGUCCAAAGAGUUGACCGUCGGCGUGCGUGUGUGAAGCUGCUAGGAAUCAAAACGGGAAACCACUGUUGCUCUUCGCCGCCACGUGAGAGUGAAAGUGGUAUCUAAAAACACACGGGUAAAUCAGCUCAUACUACACACACACACCUCCACGACGCCACCGCCGCCGCCGCUGCCGCCGUUCUCCGUGUCGGGAAAACUCAACACACCUCAGCGACUGCAACACUGCGAGAGUAUGGAACACUGGAGGAAGUGCAUACCUAAUGUGAUUGUACAUAGACUUUAUAUUUUAUUGAUAAAUCAUCAACUACUACGCAUCACCAAAGGGGAAGGAUCAUCGCACUCAACCAUCGUCCUUCCCCGCGUGACCGAAGGACUGCACCUUCCUCUAACCAGUAGCAGUGUGUGUGUGUGCGUGUGCGUGCGUUAGGAUUUUCCGGGGAAGUGUGCAAACUACAGUGGCCGAUCGAAAUCCAAACUAACAUACCAGUAUACCAAAGACUGUGCAGGGAGAGCGACGCGCAAUCCAGCGUGUCCCAUCGUGGGUGCUGCUGUUCCCUGCUGACAAACUCCCUGACUCCUUCGGCACCACCUCCCCAACUCCAAACUUGUUGCUGUUGCCGUCCAUCGUUUUCUUCGGCACCGUUGCAUCCAUCAUUUCAAUCAGCGAGCGAGAAAUGAAGGAGGAAGUUAGACCAUGCGCGCCGUCAUCAUCAUUUGAGUUCCUUUUUUUUUUCACUACCUAUAUACAACAAACUGCCAAACGAAAGAGCGAAUCCGGAUCGCGGAUCGAUAGCGCGAAUGUGCAACUGCCCCUAAGUAAGUACGCAACCAUACACAUAGUAACUAACAAUCAACCAGCCGUCCGUGUCACGAUGAAAGAGGAGUAAAAAAACAAUCACACACACACACCUCACAUUCACAUCACUGCCGCCGAAGAGUGAAACAUUGAACCGCGCGUCGCCUUUGAGCCUCGGUUCGAGUUUAGGAUAGAUAGCCAGAAAGCCAAAUGUAAGCGAAAUUAAUACCAUAAACGAUGCUACGCGCACCCAACUCGCCAGGUAUGUGUAGUAUAGGAAGCAAGCACGGAGACAGUAGUAGCUACUAAGGAAGGAAGCAGGGACGACGACGACGACGCGCACAACGACGGGUCAGCCCGGAAAUUAGUGGAAAAAGAAAAGACACAACGACUGGGUUGCGUGUCGCGUGAAAAUUUAUUUAUUUUGAAAUAAAAAUUGACCCGUCGAAGAGGCUGCUGCUGCUGUAAUAAUUGCAAACAGUGCGAACAAUUCGGGAGCGAAGGAAUUGAGGUUAGAAAUUUAACCCGGCAAAAGAUGGGUUUUGGGGUUUGCAAGGAAGGUGUGUGGUUUCUGCCGUCUUACCCGCAACGUACGUACGUGUUAAGCAAUACGUUGUUUGUUGUUCAGUCCGGCGUGUGUAGUGUUGUAGUUGACGCGUCCCAUAUGAUAUCCUAGCAAUAUGGGGUCUGGAACGAAAGACUAAUCCGCAGAGUGUGACAAAGAUUUAGAGAGGGAGGAAGGGAGAGGGAAGCGUUAGGAAAUAACAAAAUGGAAGUACCGAAAUGAGGGAGAGAGAGAGAGAAAGAGAGAUAGUGAACAAGAAAGAAACGCGAUAAGAUAAUAUUCAAUAAUACGGAACAUCACCAAGUCUAGUCAAAUCUCUACGGAAAUAUUCUAAUUAUUGUAUUGUAUUCUAAUUAUUAUUAUUAUUAUUAUUAUAUUAUUAUUACUAUUACUAUAAUUAAAUUACACACUAACUUAACUUAAAGCUCUUUUUGCUUUCCCUACACACACACACCAGAAAAGAAAAGGGUAAACGAAAGGAAGAACAAAACGGUGCAACUAUGUAUAGGAGCGAAGAAAAAAAAGAAAAGGAAAACACCAACACACACACACACAAAGCAAAUAAAUCAAAAAUCAGAGGUAUUAUCAUGGAAAAACAGCCACCAAAUCAAACAUCCAUGCCCAAUUCAUCAUCCAUCCCCCCUUUGCUGAAAUCGAUGUGAUGCGUGUGGAUCGAUGGCAUUUGAUAGAGAGCGCAAGCGAAAGAUCGAGUGAACCAACCCCCUUAGUUUCUCGCGAGGGUGGUGGGGUUCAUCCAAGCAAGAAGUUGAAAGCCGAAAACAUCACAACACUGAACUGAAGUCGAAGUCGAGCUGUCGUAACGGUAGAACAGAAGAAGGAAAGUUGUUGUUGGAGCUAUCCAACUGUGCUAGGUAAAGUAAUUUAUUUAUUACACUUGUUUAUUCAGUUCUCUAGUACCGAAUUCCCUUUGACCUUUGACCCCCCUUGCACUACUUUCCCUUUCGUUAAGCGUCUUUCAAUUUGCCACUUCGGGCUGUGUGUGUGUGCUGUUGUGGGCAAAGAAGCCAAGCUUCUCUUUUUUGCCCUGGCGCCACAGACCGUUCGUUGCCGGUGCACAUUAGCAAAUGAUGCAAAUGAGAGCGAGAGAGGAAAAAAACAUCGACAAAUGUCCCCCGUUUUAGUAAACUGGGGGUGGGGGUUGGUUUAUGUUCACGAGACCACCCCCCCCCCCCCCCAAUCCAGGUAAACGAUCUCACUAAUUAAAUGAAGCCCAAAAAUCGAUAGCAUACCUCGUCUAUAGUAGGGAGAGACAGAGCGAUAAAGUGAAGGAGAGUGGCAGAAAAAGGGGGAGUCCGCCCCCUUGGGUUACAUCCAACAAUUGUGAUGAUUUGCUGACAGACACACUCACACCAACAAUAGAAUCCUAAUAAGAACUCCACCAAGACUCUAUGAUGGCGCAUCUCUAGUUUGUUUUUUGUUUAAUUUUUUUCUCAAAGGACACACCAAAGAUUAUUGAACUCGAGAAGAGUGAGCAAACGAACUUACGUGCUAGUUAACGGACUCACACACACACACUACACUAUAAAUUGGGAAGGGAUUAUUUAUUUUUUUGUAUACAGAAAGCGAUAGGGAAGUCCACUUUUCGUAUUCAAACAUUAACAUUCAGCGGUUCUUCAGUUUUGAUUUAAUUUACACCACAAACCCCCUUGAAAGAUAGCAACAAAAUGCCCGUCCACAAAAUUCUACUCUCACACACACACACACAAGAAAAGUUCAAACAUCCAUCAUCGUCCCUCCAUAUACCAAAAUGGCCUUUGCAGGAAAAAAGAGAAAGAGAAAGAAGAAAACCUAUACAAGAAUAAAAAAUCACAAAAAAUAGAUGAGUAAAAAGGGCAAUCGGAAAAUACAAACAAAGAAUACAACCAAAAUCAAUUCACUAAACUACUUCAACAACAACUACUACUACUACAACUACUACUACUACUACUACCUAACAAUCCUCUCUCCCCGUAAUAACGAUAAUAUAAUCCAUCGUGUGGUGGUGAGAUUUGUUGACCUAAAAAAGCUAUUUAAAACUAGAAAACAGUAAAUAGGAUUUUGCAAUUAGUCAGAGAAAACAAAAACAAAAAAACAAACAAAACAGAACUCAAAUUGUAAACUCUACAUCAACCUGUGGAACCUUAUACCAAUGGAAAUAUGGUGCAUAUAGAAGACGUUCUUUUUUUCAAGAAAAUAAUAAACAAAAGCAAAUGCAUUGUAAAAAAUUAA